AUGCUCCCUGCAUCCUAUUCUCCAUCCAUACGUCGACUUCAAAGCUUGAAUAAAGAUGCUCAACGUCUCGGGUCGCUGGAGCCUUUUCACCGGGUGAAACUGAGUUAUAUUACCAAUUAACAAAUAGCCUACAUUUGGAGGGACGCACACAGAGGAGCCGUGCAGAUUUUCUUUUUUAAAGACUCCUUAUCCUGGUUUCGUCGCGCGGGCACUCCACCGACAUGGAACUGAAGAAAUCUAUUUCGGACACCGAGCGCGCGCUCAGGAGCUACGGCGCCGUGUCGGAAACGGCAUGGACAACGGACAAAGGUCAUUCAGAUGUGUCCAUGGCAGAGAGCACUAUGGCUCCAGAGGAGAUCGAGGUGGAGAUGGCUCGUAUUCAGCGCCUGCGAGAGGUCCUGGUACGCCGGGAGUCGGAGCUGCGUUUCAUGAUGGAUGACAUUCAGCUCUGCAAAGACAUCAUGAGUUUAAAGCAGGAGCUGAGACAGAUUGUCACAGUACCAGAGAAAGAAAAAAACAAGAAGCACAGGCAGCGAGAAGAAGAGCUGAUUCUGAAGAUUCAUAAACUGGUGCAGAAGAGGGAUUUCCUGGUCGACGAUGCUGAGGUGGAGAGAUUAAGGGAGCGAGAGGAGGACAAGGAGAUGGCCGAGUACCUCAGACUGAAGUUGAUGCCUCUGGAGAAGAAGCUCAAGGUCACACAAAGCAAGAUCCUCCAAAGCCCAAGAGACAAAUACCAGAGCCGCCUCCCAACAAACCAUCCAUCACCAAGUCAGGAGUGGCCAUCAUUAAGGAUUGCUGUGGGGCCACCCAGUGUGCGGUCAUGUAACUCACACAGACCCCUUUGUGACCUUGUCCCCGUGUCAAAAACAACACACCCACAUCUCACUGACACGCCAUGCAUCACUUCCUGUGACUCAGAGAACCUCAGUUAACUGUGUUUUGCCCUUGUAGCUGUUCAGAAAUCCGGUUAGUAAUUAAAUCGAUUAAUCAAAAGAUUAAGUUUCAGCCACAUUGUUUGGGAGCUGAUCCCUAAUCAAUGCUUAAAGGUAAUCUCACUAUAGGUUUCUGUAAGUGUCCACAGUAUGUAUGAAGUAAAAGGGAUUUGUAAAUACAAAUCUGAUUAAUGUCUUCAAUUUGGAUUAGAAUGGAUCAUUCCAUCAUGUAUCAUUCCUCUAAGAUGGCAAUAUGUUCUAAGAUCAUGGUUGAUUAACAGAGGAAGCCUCUCCAGAACUACAAGCACAAUGUUAACGGAGUGAAGUAUUAAUUCUUAGAUUCUCCGUCUGACAGGAAAAAAAAAAAAAAAAAUCCAUCCGCUAUCGUGCCAACAUGUUUGACAACAGUUUUUUUUUCUUCCAUUUUAACAUCAAACAGUGAACCUCUUUCACUUUCCGGAGGACCCCCAACUCUGCGUUUUUAUCAGUCACAUCUAUUCUGACUCCAUGCGUUGGCUCGUACAGCAUUUUCAUUCAUAAUCUGCGAUCAAGUAAUAUCUGCUGUACUGGAUUUUUAAGCUUUGGCAAAGGAAAAAUAUCACAAAUUCUCUGAUGGUCAUUGAAAGUUAAACUCCACUGCAACACUGCUACAAAGUCAGGUCGGUAUUAGGUGUUCCAACGUUUGCUUUUCACAUAAAUGUGAACAUAUAUGACCCACUUUUGUAGCAGUGUUUCUGCUGGUUCACAAACCUGUCAUUUUUGGUUUACCCAUGUUUAUGCAAACACAGUGGGGUGUUUUAGUAUUUUUUUUAUUUUUAAUAACAAAAGGUCCACUAUGCUCGCUCAUGUCUCCGAGUCACAUCCCUGGCCAUACUAACGUCAUCUCAGCCAUUAGCUACUGGGAAAUAUUGCCUGUGGUAGUAUGACAUCAUUUGUAGUUCUUCUGGAUAUUGCUGACAAACAACUUGCAUCCUCUGAAUUUAAUCUUGCAUUUUUAUGAUAAACACCAGGAAAUGAAUAGAUGGUGUACAAUUGAGUGUAUUUUAGGACAUUAGUGACUCAUGUCAAGCAAAAGUGUUGCCCUGUCCCUUUACCUUCUUUAUUCUGAUAAUGUGGCGUUCUGUAGUAGUGAAUUUAUGAAGGUUCUCAGUUGAAUAUUGAACAAAUAUGCAGAAAAUAAGCUGAAACUAUACCUGUACAUACAUGUUUAAAUAAAGAGCAUCUUUCAGGAA